AACCAACCAAACCGACUUGCGCUAUAGCCAUGGCAGCUAUUAGUCUCCUAUGUUAUUUAUCAUAAAAUAUGACUACGCAGUACCUGUCUUGAUGGCAUUAAACUAGGAGAAGCUAGUUAACAUUAGCUAGCUAGGCUAAUUCAGGCUUCAGUGCAUGCACUUUCUUAUCCUACAGUUACCAAUAACAACCACUCCGUUCAGAAUGUUAAGGAGCAAGCAGUCUACCUGUUGGUUCUUGCAGCCUAUCCUUCUCCUUUUAAUCAUGUCAUUUUUCUUCCAUUGAUUAGGCCUAUCUAUCUCCUAACUUUUGCCACACACGGAGGCUCUAUGACUGUAGCCUGUUGCCGCUUUGAUGACUUGAUUUGCCAGCAACAACAACAAGGUACGGGGAGAAUGGCACCAUUUCGCUGGCAGGCCUGAAGCGGCUGUUGGAAAACGUGGGACUCGACCGAAUACGAAAGGUCAUGGUGCAACACCAUGAGCAACCCGAGGACGACGGAGCGGAGGGGCAUCGGCAUGGACACCACAACCACCACCGUAACCACCAACACGAGGACGAGCACAAUGGCACACACCGUCAAAAGCACUCCCACCGCCCCCCCAUUGAGCCCAAAAAGGUUCCCGAGACCCCCAAAGUGCCCAAAGUAGAUGACCCUGUCCUGGGGAAGAAAGUGGAGAAUUCGGAUGCCCACCAUAACCUCUAUGUGAAGAAAACCACCGCGGCGCAGGAGAUUAGCACCACCACUGAGGCAGUGCGCAGUCGGCGGGAAGCCCCCACUGCUAGUCUGACCACUGUCAUACUGGUCAGCAACUCUCUGGGGGCUGAGAACCAAACGCAGCCACCCAUGGUCAGGCCGGAGGGCUCGGAUAACCAGCACUUAUACGACCAUGACCACGAUAAUGACCAUAAUGAUCACAACCAUGAUCAUGAACACAGUCAUGAUGACCACAGCCAUGGUCAGGACAGCCUCCACAACCAGAGCCAAGAUCACAUACAGGAGAAAGCAGAGUGUUUGAAUGCCUCCAGUAUCCUGUCGUCCCACGGGAUGGCCGAAGGGGCCCUGUCUCUCAGUGACUUCGGCUACCUGUGCCCUGCCCUUCUCAACCAGAUCGAUGCCAAGUCCUGCAUACUGCACGGCAACCAACCACCCCAGCAUGUCAACAAAGUUCACAAGCAUAAUGAUCCCCAUCACCAUGGUCAUCACAACCAUGAUCACACUCACGAGGACCAUCAAGUGAAUGAAAACAAGAAAGUAGGCUCAAUUCAAGCGGCGUGGGCCGGCGGCUUUGUCUCCAUCACCAUCAUCAGCCUGCUGUCCUUGGCUGGCGUGGUGCUCAUCCCGUUGAUGAACCGCGUCUUCUUCAAGUUCCUGCUCAGCUUCCUGGUGGCGCUGGCUGUGGGCACGCUGAGCGGAGACGCCUUCCUGCACCUCAUACCUCACUCUCAGGGGGGCCACCACCACUACCAGCACUCUGUGAACAGGACAUCAGGGCACGGUCUCCACGGGGAGGAGGAAGAGGACCAUAACCUGGACGGGGUGUGGAAGGGGUUGACGGCCCUGGGCGGAGUCUACUUCAUGUUCCUCAUCGAGCACUUCCUCACACUGGGCAAAAUGUACAAGGACAAACAGAAGGUGAAGAAAUAUGACCAGAAUGAUGACAAGGUGGAUCCUGAGAAACUACCGGGACUGGAGGAGAACGACCUAAAGCCAAUUGAAGAUGUGAAUACUAACGGAGGUGGCAACUUCGGCGACCACCACAGCGAUGGACUCCACCGGGGCAGCGAGGAGGAGGAGGUAAUGCUGGCGCCCGCCACCUCACCCGAGGGCUACGCCUCCGUGUCGGGCUCGGCGGCUGCUGCCACCUACACAGCAGGGGACUGUGAGAACAAGUGCCACUCCCACUUCCACGACACGGUGGGCGAGGCAGACAACCUGCACCACCACCACCACGAAUACCAUCACAUCCUGCACCACCACCACUCUCAGAACCACCAUCCACACAGCCACUCGCAUUCGUAUUCGGAACAACACUUCCAGCAGGCGGGUGUGGCCACGCUGGCCUGGAUGGUUAUCAUGGGCGACGGGCUGCACAACUUCAGUGACGGCCUGGCCAUCGGGGCGGCGUUCACGGAAGGGCUGUCCAGUGGCCUCAGUACGUCGGUGGCCGUGUUCUGCCAUGAACUGCCUCACGAGCUGGGUGACUUCGCUGUGCUGUUGAAGGCUGGCAUGACAGUGCGACAGGCCAUUCUCUACAACAUGCUGUCUGCCAUGAUGGCGUACCUGGGCAUGAUCACGGGCAUCCUCAUUGGGCACUACGCUGACAACAUCUGCAUGUGGAUCUUCGCCCUCACCGCCGGGCUCUUCCUGUAUGUUGCCCUGGUGGACAUGGUCCCGGAGAUGCUCCACAACGAUGCUGGGGACCACGGCUUCAGCCACUGCGGCUUCUUCCUGCUCCAGAACGCAGGCAUCCUGUUGGGCUUCUGCAUCAUGCUGCUCAUCGCAAUCUUUGAACAUAAAAUCCAGCUGGAAAUAGACCUCUAAACUGAUGGAUCUCAAACCUGGUCUCCAAGGACCCCUGUGUUUGCAGGUUUGAUUCCAAACCGAACUUGGUACUGGGAGAAGGAAUAGAUUAAUCGAACAUGGUUAGUUGAUUUAGAACAGAAUGUAGCCUUAAGUUUGAUUGUAAGCCCACAUGCACAGGCAUCCUUGGAACACCAGCAGUGUUGAGAAACACUCCUCAAACUGACAGGACCAAGCGCCGUGUGUCUCAUCUGCCAAGUGGCCACAUCACGAGUCAGCCAUUACGGUGUCUUUCCCUCUCAUCUCCUCUCCUCCAAGAAGUGAAAAAGAAAUGAUUAGUGUGAACAUUUAUUUUUGGUCAAGGUACAACUGUUGCAAAAUGUCAAUUGGCAUGUGUUCUGUAUGUGUUUUUUAUGUCUGACAAACCUUUGGUGUUGCGUAGCUGUCUGUCUUCCCUCAGUGUGCUUCAUGUUUUAUUUCUGGUCAAGAUUUACAGUUAAAAAAAAACUAAAUGGAGGACCGUGUUUUGUUGACGGGAUGUUUGGAAAGGACAAGCUUUGUUUGUGGGCGUCAGAACAAGGGCCAAUCCUUUUAAUGUUGUGUUUAUUUCAAAUCCACAAGGGUCAAGUGAAAGCUCAUUGAUUGGGCAAGGAGGCUUCAUGCCCAAUUUCGGGGCCACUGUACCACAGGUUGUAACUUUAAACAUUGUAAGUGCCAGUCGGCUUGAGCCUGUUUUAAUCCCAACCUAACCCACCUCCUUGGUAACAGUGCACCAAGUCUUUAAAUGCCCGAUCAAAACGAAUCAAGCCAAUUUAAGGGCAGUUAAUAUCACUAUGCCUCGGGAAUUGUGUGCAUAGUGCUAUACUCGGUGGGGGGGACUUGGAUCAGUCUUUUAAGUCUGUUACAUUGUCCUCACAGAGGAAAGUUGGUUGUGAAUGGGUUUGAAUUAGCUCUGCAAAUCAAGGCUAAUUUACGAGGUACAGUAUCUCACAAGUAACACUGUGUUGAGCAUUUUCUCCCCAUGAAAGUAGUCUAUUAGAGAAAAAAGGCUCCAUCUCUAUCCCUAAGUUUGUUAAUUUAGCCAGUGUCAAUAGGGAUAUCCAGUCAUGGGACUAGAUAGAUAUCGAUCGAUCUGAUACAUGAGUACAUUUUCUCUUCACGAAGUGAUUAUAGUGGUAACUUCUUUCAAAGGUCCUAUGAUGAAUGUGUGAUCUAUGUCUGUUCAGAAUGAAGCCACUCAAAGUGGUAUUAUGUUUUUAAGUUAUCGUGCCAAUAUCUCAUCUCGCUGUGUUUUGAAAAGACAACCAAACCUUUGGUCAGGAAAAAUGUAUGUUUUCAUCUGUUUCACACACUGUUUAAGGAAGAGGUACAUCAUGAAGAGAACUAUUUUGUGUGCCAUUAUUUUACUGUUGUGUACGUCAGGCAGCUUUGGAUGUAAUAUGUGUUACUUUACAUUCCAGAAGAAAAUAAAAGUUAUUGCCUACCACCA